UGAAACGCAAACUUCGAUUGGCUGCGCGUGUGCCAGAAGCGUGACUGUUUCCGCUCUUAACCCCGCACCGUGCGGAAAUACGAGUCAGCAUUUCAGCAAGUGCAGAGGAGACGUGAUGCACAGAGCUGUGUGAUUGCGGGCUGGUGAGAUGUUUAUGACAGGAAUAUUUCAAACAUGGCGAAUUUGGAGAAAUCUCCUGCAAGUGUUGACAGAUUCAUCUGCAUAUAUCCAGCUUAUCUAAAUAGCAAGAAAACUAUUGCUGAGGGAAGACGCAUUCCCAUUGAAAAGGCUGUGCAGAACCCGACAUGUUUGGAGAUUGCAGAUAUAUGUCGUGCCAACAAGCUGAAUGUAGUUGUGGAGGGGGAUAAAAUGUACACUCGGGAGUGGAACAGAGACGCACAGUUUAGGGGAAGAGUGCGGGUGCAGCUUAAGAACGAAGAUGGAACCGUUUGUGUGGAGAAACUUUCAUCAAGGAAAGCCGUAAUGCUCCGAGUAGCAGAAGAAAUUCCAAAGCUGAAGACCAGAACACAGAAGAGUGGAGGGGGAGACCAAAGUGCCCAGCAGGGAGAAGGUGGCAAGAAGAACAAAAAGAAGAAAAAAUGAUUUGUCUCUGCUGGAAAUAAAGACAUUGAACUGAGUGUGAGUGGUGCUGGACUCAAGGGGAAUCUAACACUCCAUUGAUAUUUGUGGAAAGUCACAUGUUUCAGAGCUUAAACGUGUUUAGUAAAUACAGCUCUGUUUGAUUAUAAAGGUUCAUUAACACAGAAAAUCCUGGGUUUGUUUUCCAAAAACUCUUCUGAAAGGAACAGCAAUGAUAAUGUUCAUCACACGUUUAAUAAAACAGCAAGAGGCAAUAGUUUCAUUCAAGCAAGGCCGUUGAAUACUCUAUGGAAAUGCUGUUUUUAUUUUCUUCUCCCUAAUACCAUAUUGUUUUAAUGACUUUUUGUUUUUGAGCAGAAGGCAGUGGGUUUAACCAUAACCAAACCAUAAAUGUACCCAGCGUCUCAAAGGAAUAAACAGUCAAAAUGUG